UUUAUCGGCAGCGCAGAGUUUCGUCAGAAAACACGCGUGAGAUUUUUGUAUGCGAGGAUUGCCGGAAAGCACAUGAAUUGGUUAAAGUAUGGCAUUUGUGACGCGAAGCCUACAAGUUUUAUGCAAAAUAUAUCAUGGUAAUGCGGGAAUGACACAUUGUACUCUCCGGAGACCAGCCGCUCGAAUAUCGCUUGUUCAAGUAGCGCAAAAAUAUCUCUAUAGUACCGAGACUACAGGUCGCUCUAAAAUCACUAGUAAUCUAACAAACAUACAAUCUUCAAUAAAUGAGGCAGAGUCAUUGGUGCAGGAAGCAGCUCAUAAAAAGCAGAAGGAAGAAGCAAAGGAUGAGGAAGAGAAGGUGAAUCGUGAAAGAUCAAAGAAAAUGAUGAAUUAUGGUUUUAUAGCCUUUGGUGUAUUUAUGGGCAUUGGAUCCACUUAUAUAGUGUAUGAAUUAGGAAGACCUAACUAUGAUAAAGACGGGAAUGUCAUCGAGGAUGAAUUUUCCAAUUUACCAUUGUUUGAACAGAUCUAUAAGAGAGUUAGGAAAGAACUCAAUUAUUAUACAAAACUGGUACAAGAACCCAGUAGGGAAAAGUUACUUCCUGAUCCACUGAAAUAUCCAUACAUACAGCCGCCAUUUACUCUAGUCUUGGAGAUGACGGAUCUUCUUGUACAUCCUGACUGGACAUACCAAACGGGGUGGAGGUUUAAGAAACGGCCUGGAGUAGAUCAGUUUUUAGAAGCAGUAGCACCACCACAAUUUGAGAUUGUAAUUUAUACAGCUGAACAAGGAAUGACGGUGUUUCCUAUCUUGGACGCGCUCGAUCCAAAUGGAUAUAUAAUGUACAGAUUAGUUAGAGAUGCUACGCGUUUUGUAGACGGGCACCAUGUUAAGGAUCUGGGAGCGCUCAAUCGCGAUCUCAGUAAAGUUAUUGUUAUCGAUUGGAAUGAAAAGAGCGUGAAAUUGAAUCCAGAAAAUGCAUUUAGGAUUCCGCGAUGGUCCGGAAACGAUGAUGACACUACGUUGUACGAUUUAGCGGCAUUCCUAAAAACGAUAUCAACAUCGAACGUGGAAGACGUGCGGGACGUUCUAAAUUACUACAGACAGUUUGAUAAUCCGUUGGAGACGUUCAGGGAAAAUCGACGGAAAUUAUUGCAAAUGCAAAUGGAAGAGGAACAAAAUAAGGCGCAACAAGGAAAUGGUCAAAUACUUACUUCAAGAUGGAAACCGUCUUUCCUGCGAAAUCGCUAGUCAAGGUGAACGAGUUACGUUGAAAUUUCAAACGCCUUUUGAAUACACGAUACAAAAAUGUUCGAGAAGACCCAUCGAGAGAAAGAGAGAUAUCACUCAUUGUAUAAGUUUUCUUAAAAUAAAAUAAGUGAUAUUCCAAAUCUUA